AAAAAAAUAGUAAAAAACAUAAAUAUCUGCUUUAUAUUAUGCUUAUUUUAUACAUUUCGUUAUUGUGAAUGUGAAAUUGAGUCCUUUAAGAUGUUAGGUACCACCAGUACCACCACUGGAGGCUGCGCCGUUAGACUUACUGGCUGUGUCUCAAAACCUAGUGUGCUGACUACCUAGACAGCAUUUUUGGGAAUCAUAGACGCGUGUAGAUAUCAGUUUCAAGGCUCCGUGAAAUAUAGCCUACGAGUACGCGUCUUAUUUUAAAUAAACACUGCAAACGCAUUUGAUGCGCAAGAAUGCUGCACGCGCGUAAGAUGCACAGAAAUGCCUUUUUAGUCAACUAGAUUUUGGAACACAGCCAAUGUCUGAUAAAAUGGCGGGGGAAAACAUCGGUGAAUCUCAGGAUGAGAAGGAAAUCCUUUUAAAGAAGGAUGCAAUGUCACAAGACAGCGGUGAGGUUGUCGAGAAAACAAAAAACAAAGAGUCUAAACUGAUUUUGUAUCAUUGGACUCAGUCAUUCAGCUCUCAGAAGGUGAGACUGGCAAUAGCGGAGAAAGGUCUUCAGUGUGAGGAGACUGAUGUGAGUCUGCCUCUGAGUGAACACAAUGAGCCCUGGUUUAUGCGUCUGAACCCCACUGGAGAGGUUCCUGUGCUGGUUCAUAAUGACAGUGUCAUCUGUGACCCCACACAAAUCAUGGACUAUUUGGAGCAGAACUUCUGUGAUGAGCACACCCCAAAGCUGAUCCCAGAAGAAGGAAGCACGUAUUAUCAUCGAGUUCAGCAUUACAGAGAACUGCUGGACUCCCUGCAGAUGGAUGCAUACACCCAUGGCUGCAUCCUCCACCCAGAGAUCACAGUAGACUCCCAAAUCCCAGCUUAUGCCACCACCCACAUUCGCACACAGAUUUUAAACACAGAAUCCGAGCUUAAGAAACUAGCAGCUGAGAAUCCCGAUCUUAAAGAUGCUUAUUUGGCAAAACAGAGACGUAUAAAAAGUAAAUUGUUUGACCAUGAUAAUAUGAAACACCUAAAGAAACUCCUGGAUGAACUGGAGAAUGUUCUGGAUCAAGUUGAGACAGAGCUGCAGAGGAGGAUUGAGGAGACACCAGAAGAGGGCAGUCAGCAGACUUGGCUCUGUGGCAACUUCUUCAGCAUUGCUGACGUCUCCCUUGCUGUCACCCUUCACCGCCUCAAGUUCCUGGGUCUGUCCCGCCGGUACUGGGGAAAUGGGGCCCGGGUCAACCUGGAGACGUAUUAUGAAAGUGUCCUGAACCGUCCGGCUUUCCGCAGAGUGCUUGGACAUGUCAACAACAUCCUCAUAUCUGCUGUGCUGCCCACCGCAUUCAGGGUGGCAAAGAAAAAGGCUCCAGCCUUUGUUUGUGGCACUUUAUUGGUUGGUUUGAUAGGGGGUGCCACUUAUCUAGCUUUCACUUAUUUUAAAAGGAGACCACUCAUGUCUUGAGACAGCUAUUGGGACUCAUUCAGCUUUACUCUGUCCUAACUUUUGUAUGUAAAUUUGGCUUAUAUAUACUGUAACAGUUUGAUGAUUGUUGCACAAGAAGCACUUUUUUUGCCAUAAUAAGAAGCAAAGCAGUUUAAAAAUAGACACAAUUCAUAUUUUCAUUGAUAGGUUCAUUAAACAGACUUAAAUGGUUGCAGUUCAUGCUGUAGGUCCCUUGUGGACAUUGUUUAAAUGUUUGUAUUAAUGUCUGGUCACAAAUACAGUAGAAGCAAUUACAGAAACAACACUUCCUGAUUUUGUCUUAAGAAUUUGUCUGUUCUGCAAUAGUAUGUUUCAUGAGUUCAGUCAUGCUUUUCACAUAAUAAAGGAUAUAUAACACUA